UGAAUAUAACGUCUAUUCGUUUGCCACUUCUUUUUUUUUUUUCUAUUUUCGUCUAUCAAGUAUCUAUAUGCUCAAGUACGUUGGUUCCUUGAUAAGCUCCGUUUUCUCACGCAAGCGAUCCUUUGACGAGGAAGAGAACGACGAAGAACAAAUGAACCAAAAAAAGAUGAAGGUUGAAACCGAUCACGAUGAUGCCGCCGUCGCCGCCGUGAACGAAACCAAGCCGUCGGAAUCCAUCACCUAUUUGCACCGUGUCAAGGUCACCAAUCUCCCUGAAAGAGAACUUGCCGCUGUCAAGAAGCUUUUCAAGAGCAUGGGAUUCUCGCGGUACAAAAAAGCCCCCACUUGGGAUUAUGCUUAUAUCAACUUUGACUCUGAAAGUGAAGCACGCGAUGCCAUGGCCAGACUUGAAGGCCUUGACUUCAAGAAGCGAUUGUUGAAAACAGAAUACGUUCAAAUCGCGGAAGAGGAUUAUCGUAAACGCUUCCAGGGCAAGAAGAAUGCCAAGCCUGAAGAAGAAGCCGAAGAGGAUCCUCGUACCCCCGCUGAACGUUUAGCAGAUCAGGUCACGCCUUUCCACAAAUUAUCUUAUGAAGAACAGUUGAAGCGCAAAAAUCGAUCCGGUCUCAAACACUUAAUGAAUCUUAAAAAGAGCAUUGCAAAACUUCCCGAUCUCAAAGAGGAUUCCAAGCGACAAAUCUCAUGGGCCUUUGAAAAAGGUUCGUUACCGUGUGAAGUGCUGGAUCCUAUUGCCUCGCCUGAAGUGAAUGGUUAUCGCAGCAAAUGCGAAUUCACUAUUGGCAAGAAUUUGGAAGGCGAACCUACCGUUGGUUUUCUUUUGGGCCUUUAUCGUCACGGUAUUACCGCUGUUUUGGAACCCAGUGAAUGUUUGCAUGUUUCUGAUACCACCAAAAAGUUGGCCAAAGCCAUGGAGGAAUAUGUAAGAGCAUCCGAUUAUGAAGUAUAUGAUCGAGCUGAAAAAACGGGCGUCUGGCGAUGCAUCAUGACCAAAACUCAACGCACUGGUGAUGUGAUGGUCUUGAUUCAAAUGAGGGCCAAGGAUUUGUCCGACGCUCAGAUCGAGGCCGAAAAACAGAAACUCAUUGAAUAUUGGAACAACGUGGAGGUGCCAAUCACCACCUUAUUACUUCAAAUUUGGGACGGUGACUCGAAUGGUAUUACCGAUAAAGCCAAGAUCGAAACUCUCACGGGGGAUGGCUACGUAUACGAAGAAUUGCUCGGUUGUCGAUUCCGUAUCUCCAGCAGCGCGUUUUUCCAAGUGAACACCCCUGCAACAGAACUGCUCUAUGCCAAAUGUGCUGAAUGGUGUAAUAUCGAUAAAUCAAAAAAGACCACCUUGUUGGAUUUGUGUUGUGGUACUGGUACAAUUGGUAUCACCAUGGCCAAAUCGGUGGAUCGCGUCGUUGGUAUUGAAAUGGUGCCCGAGGCUAUUGUUGACGCCAAAGCCAAUGCCGAACGAAACAAUAUUACCAACGCUUCCUACUAUGCCGCCAAGGUCGAAGACCGAGUCGACGUGGUCGCCAAUGCUUCCAAUGAGGAAGUGGUGGCCGUCUUGGAUCCCCCAAGAAACGGUGUUCACGCAAGUGUGGUUCGCGCGGUUCGUGAGUCGCCCGCCAUCAAGCGCGUUAUUUUUAUCAGUUGCGAUGCAAAGCAGGCAUUGCCCAAUUUCAUCAGUUUGUGUCGUCCCAAAUCGAAUCGAUUCAAGGGCAUGCCUUUCAAGCCUACCCGGGCCGUCUCCAUUGAUUUGUUCCCUCACACCGAUCAUUGCGAAUUGAUGCUUGAAUUCGAAAGAGUUGAGGAGACCACGUCAUCCGAAUAGAGUAGCAAGCACAACGUUCCAUGUUGAACAUGAUGCUUCGCAUGUGCUAUAGUUAUUUUCUUUGUCUUUAUCUAGAUUAUUUUCGUUUUUGUUUAUUUUUUUUCUCAUUGUAAGUUUGUUGCUUUUUUUUUUUU